AUGUGGCGUACAGGACCGCUUUGCCCGGUGUCGCUGGGGGGCCCUGAGCCCCUUGACCCGGGUCAGCCCGUGGACGGUGUGGGGGCCCGGGGGGUAACGGCCCCCUUCGCCCCGGGGCUCGGUCUUCUCGGUCUCCCGGGGGGGGAAUUAAACCCCGGCGGGCCAGGGUCGGCCGCACGGUGCGGGAGGACCCCCUCGGGGGGGACCUCUCCCCGGGCGCGCCGGGCCCCCGCCGGGGCUUUUUUUCCCCCCGAGGCGGUGGGGACGGGCGACCGGCUUGGAUCGACCGGGAAGGGCUUGGGGGGAAGGUGGCUGGCGGCCCCCGGCCCCCGGGGCCCUUUUACAGGACCCAUCGUGGAAAACCCCCCGUCGUUUUCCCGGGGGCCGUGGAACAAUGUGCUCACUGCCCCCUUUCCUCCCCCGGGGGAGGGACGGGGCCCCCUCGCCCCCGGGCCGGGGCUGUCGGGGGGAGAAACGGGGCCCCCUUGUGCGCCCCGACCGCGCGGCCCCCAGGGGGGGGGACCGGACACCCUCCACGGCGAAAAGGGCAGCGGCGUUUGUCGGCUACCCCCCCGGACCCGCCCUUUAAAACCGGGGGACCAAGGAGUCUAA